GCCGCUCAACCUACAGCCGAGUCGACGGACUUUUUUCCCUUUCAUGCCUUUCACACCUGGACACACCUUUGGGGACUUUUAGUGUAUUUUUCGCCUUUAACUCAGGUUGUUUUUGUUUGGAGUGUGUUUUUUAUUGUGCUACUCCGAGUGUUAAGUGGAUGCACGAAAACUGUGACAACACUGAGUGUGCAAUAAAUCACCGCAGUCAUCAAAUCUGCUGGCAAAGGAAACAUAUCCUGUCCUCAUUCCUGUGUCCUGACCGACACUGCAUCUUGUUCCUGUAUAAACCUGAACGAGCUAGCAUUCCUUCCCUCACAAACAUUGGUCCUUCGAGCCGGAUACAGCCUUCAAGAUGCAGUCAGAUGAAGAGCUCCUCGCUGAUGUGAGACCCAGGCGUCAGACACGUCGACCUGCCAGGCUCCAGGAUUAUGAUGUGGACUACAUGAGAGAUCGUCCUCGAGACUCAGCACAGUGGCGACCUCUCCCCCUCCCCCAGAGCAGACUGCCUUCCUCCCCCAGUAUGGUCCAGUGAAUCUGAGUCACCUUUAAGCGCCCAGUAUACUCGACGCACUCGAGCUGUCGCGCGACAAUGUGACGUCAAAAUGACGUCGAUCUCGCUGGCGCGCCAGGAUUUUGACCCGGAGCUCUUACAGCGACCCCUCCCUCUAUCCUGACAUCAGAGCCAUCCAGGAAGAGAACGCAAAGCUGCUACAAUCCCAACAGGUUUUUCAGUCUACCUUAAAGGAACUCCAUGACGCACGGAAGGAAAUGAAGGAGCUAAUUGAUGUAGCCCGCUCAUUGAGGGAGGAUAUGGAACGGCCUACUGGCUCAGCUUCAAGUCACAGCAGCUACAGACCUCUGGGAGCCAGUGCUGCAACAUCCCAGCCCAAUCCCAUUUCACUACAGCCUAAGGAAGAAGCUGAGGAGGACUGGCCUGCUCCUCCACCCUGGCCGGAACCUGAGGAUAACCUGCCAACAGGCAGGCAUGAGUGGUCUCAGCCUGGGGCAACAAGACAGACACCAGAAUCACCCUCCUCACAGUUCCCCAGAUCAAGCCCAGUCAACCUAUAAGCCCCCUACGUUCGCCUCACCACAUCAUCAGCUCACCCAUCCUACCCCCUAUGACCAGGACCUGCCUCAUCCCCUGGUGCAGCCCUCUCAGUCACUCUCUCACCCUGCUCCUGCCUAUACAAGCUUGAGACCCCCACUACUGCCACAAGCAGUCCCUCCCCCAACAGCCACCAGGGCGACGCCCAGCUCUCUCCCCACUAACCACCCGGUACAGGCUCCUGUGUCAGAACUAGUGUAUCGAGGCCCCAAACCUACAAUCCCCAAGCUCAUUCAGCCAGACCCCAGUGAGUUCGCUAGACUCCGCCUUGCCUUGGAGAAUCUACUCCCCCCAGACUCUGCCGAGCUCUUCAGGUACCAGAUCCUUGUGGAUCAUUUGAAGUUGGAGGAAGCUAAGCUAAUAGCUGACGCUUAUCUCAAUUCACCAACCCCCUACACUGACACAAUGAGAGCUCUGUACGACAGAUUUGGCCAGCCUCAUCAGCUAGCUUUAAAGAAGAUAGCUAGUGUCCUAGAAGCCCCUGAAAUCAGACGUGGUGACUCUGCAGCAUUUCAGAGGUUCUCUCUUCAGAUUCAAACCUUAGUGGGUUUACUCAAGACUUUAGGCCCAGAGGGAGCGAUUGAACUCAACUGUGGCUCCCAUGUAGCUCGUCUCCUGACCAAGCUUCCAGCGGAAUAGAGAGCUGACUUCCGUCGCCAUCAGUUCAAGCAGCCUGGGACCUCACACACCCUGCAUGAUCUGUCAGAAUGGCUCAGCUACAAGUCCUUGUGCAUGAGCUUUGACAGCCAAGUCAGUACAAGAACCAACAGGGAAAGACAGCCUCCUAGGCCUGAUACUCGUCCUGGGAAACACAUGGUGACGGUCCUACACGGUCUCGGAGAGCCGGCUGAGGACGUCUCUACGUCCAAUCCUGUGAAGAAGAUACCUCCCAGGAAAGCCUACUGUGCAUACUGUCAGAGUGACGAACAUUACCUCAGUCAGUGCAGUGAGGUCGCCAAACUCUCUAAAGAGCAGCUCAGGGAGUGGAUUCAAGUGAACAAGCGGUGCUGGCGCUGUGCGCGGAACCACCAAGCAGCUCAGUGCACGCUGAAGAAACCCUGCAGCAUUUGCCAAGGGAAACACCUCCUAGCCCUUCAUGAGAUAAACUUGAGGCCAGGGAGAAGCAAUAAGGAGGCUGCAAGGAAGGAAGAGAGCUGUCUGACUAGCUCUGCCUCUGACUCCCUCUACCUCGACCGACCUGGAGUCAGCCCUCGGGUCAUGUUAAAGGUCGUCCCGGUGCUUCUACAUCACGAAGGGCGUAGUCUCAGCACCUUCGCUCUGCUGGAUGAUGGUUCAGAGCGGUCCAUGCUGUUACCAGCUGCAGACAAAUCACUGGGAAUAAAGGGGGCUCCAGAAGAUCUUCCUCUGCGGAUGGUCCGGCAGGAUAUCCAGGUCCUCCAUGGACAUAAGAUAUCCUUUCAUGUUUCUCCAACUGCAAACCCUAAAGGUCAGUUAUAAGAUUGACGGUGCCUUCACAGCUAGUCGCCUCAGCUUAGCUCAGCAUACUUACCCCAUAGAGCCACUUUAGAAGAAGUAUAAACACCUCCGUGGCCUUCCCAUCCCUGCCUUGAAGGAUGCCAGGCCAUCGCUCCUUCUUGGCUCUGAUCAGUCACAUCUCAUAACACCUGUGGAACCAGUCAGACUUGGACCGCCUGGUGGCCCUGCAGCAGUCCACACUCGGUUGGGAUAGACCUUGCAAGCUCCUGUCCGUUCUAUGGGGCGGCCAGCUGACUCCGUGCAAUGUCUCUUUACCUCCCUUCCACCACAGAUGGAUGAGCUGUAUCACCAUGUUGAGAGGCUCUGGCAGAUGGACACUGUACCUCACCGACCUGAAAGAGAAGUGACUCGGUCCAAACAGGACCAACAAGCAGUUGCAUUGCUGGACACCAAGACAGUCCGCACCGAGGUCGAUGGAGUGGGGAGGUAUGCUACCCCACUGCUACGUCAUGCAGCCAUGCCUCCAUUACAAGCACCUAAGGAGUCAGUCAUGGCUCUUCUGCGGAGUACGGAGCGGCGACUCCUGAAAGAUCCUGAGCGAGCAGCGAUCUACAGAGCAGAAAUGCAGAAGCUCAUUGGAGCAGGAGGGGUGCAAGAGGUCACCGAAGAGAAACCACCUGAGGAGUAUUGGUACAUUCCCCAUCACCUAGUCGCUCACAAUGGGAAGAAUCGGCUCGUCUUCAACUGCUCUCACCAAUACCUCGGGCAAACUCUGAACCAGUACCUACUACCCGGUCCCACCCUUGGAGCUUCUUUGGUGGGCGUCUUAUUGAGGUUCCGGGAGCACCCCAUUGCAGUAAGUGGAGACAUCAAGGGGAUGUUUCAUCAGGUCCGCCUCCUUCCUGAAGAUCGCCCUCUACUGAGGUUCCUGUGGCGUGACCUGAAAGUGGAUGAGCCCCCAAGAGUAUUUGAGUGGCAGGUCCUGCCCUUCGGUACAACUUGUAGCCCCUGUUGUGCUACGUAUGCACUGCAGCGCCAUGUUACUGAUCAUUGAUAUUAUGGUGAAUAUGUAUUUCUGUUGGGUUAUUUAUGUCAUUAUUGUUGUUGCACAUGUACAGGAGAGUUGUAUAUAUUUUUCUGUUUAUGUAAGCACAUUUGUUAUUAUGGAGAUGAAGGUAUAAUGUGAUUUAUUAUUAUUAUUAUUUCCAGAACUGUGACAACGCAAUAAAUCACCGCAGUCAUCAAAUCUGCUGGCAAAGGAAACA